GGGUCGUCCAGGCCUUGUCUCCAUCCGCGAUGCGCCCGAUUUCAAAAGGCUCCAGAGCAACCUUUGAGUUCUUUCUCCACAAGGAAAAGGAAUAGCAUCUCCGUCGUUCUCGUCACGGUGACUCCGGCUCCAAUGACCCCCUGUCCCCGGGUCCUGGUGAGCGCUCUCGGUGGCUUUGUUCCUGCCGUGGGUGUCGGUUAUCGGAAGUUUGAGAGAUGGCUAAUGAAUGAUGCUUGAUGACAGAUGAAAAAUGCCUCCUGCAUAAAGAUUGAUGGUAUGAGGCAAGACUCCUACUUAAUCAAGAGGAAUUGAGAUUAAUUUAUCCAUUAAAUUCAGAAACUGUCUUGAAGAGACUUUGGGAAUAAGACAUGUUAAGGCAGAUUUCAUUAACAGAUUCACAGGAUGCCAGCCAUUGACCUUUUCCCUUGUGAUUGGGAGAUUUGUCUUAAUGCCGGAUGGUCAGCACCUCAGUGGAAUAUUUUGGAUGGGAAAAAAUCCAGUGUGGUGGAAAUGGUCUGCAUGCUCCAGGCCAGGAGCCUGGCCAGGAGGGAGACACAAGAGGAAGAAUGGCUGCAGGAUUGCUGACAGCCUGGUCACAGGACUCGGUGACCUUCGAGGAAGUUGCAGUGGACUUUUCACAGGAGGAGUGGGCACUGCUGGACCCUGCUCAGAAAAUCCUGUACAGAGAUGUGAUGCUGGAGAACUUUAGGAACCUGGCCUCAGUGGGGUAUCAUCUCUGCAAACACAGUCUGAUCACUGAGGUGGAGCAGGAAGAGCUGAGGCCAGAGCAGAGAGGAAUUCUCCAAGGUGCUUAUAGAGACCGGGAUACUCAACUUAAAUCAAAAGACGCAAUUCUUACACAGAAUGUUCCUGGGGAAAAAACUUCUAAUGGCAUAAAAACAGCAGCAACUCACCCUGGUGAGAAACCAAUGGAAUUUAAUCAUUGUGGAAAAUUCUUCAGAAAGAACUGUCACCUUAUUUGUCCAAGAUAUUGCAAGAGAGAAAUGCUACAAAUACAAAGAAUAUGGGCAAGACUCUGGCCAUCCCUCAACUCUUAGGAGUCAUGUGUUCUA